AUGUCAGAAGCCAGCGACAGCCAGAACAUGUCCGGAGAGCAAGUUAACCUCAGUAAGGUCACUAGUCCCUCUGGUAGCUAUGAUGAGGGAAGCAGAAGCACUCCCAGCAACUUGCCUAAGGAAGCUACCAGGCAGGGAAAGAAGAGGAAUUCAGACAGUGAAGAUGAGGACUUUGUGAUUGAGGAGGAAGUGACCUCCAAGAAGAAAGUUGUGAAUAAAGAAUAUGUUGGUGCUACUACUGCUACCAAGCCUGGACUGCAGAAGAAAGCUCCACCUAGAAGAGCUCCAAUGUCCAAAGUCAGAGCCUCAACUCAACAAACCAUCAAGUUCACAUUGGAACAAACUGAAGAUGAUGAGGCUAUUGAAGGAAAGAAGAAAAGGGCUAGAACAACCACUACAAAGGUGCUUGGGAGAUCAUCUAUGAGGAGAGAUGAAGAAGAAGAGGAGGAGGAGGAAGAGCAUGUUGCACCUCCUGCCAAGUCACAGAAGUUGAUGGCAGAUGCUAUCAAGACAGGUGUUGCUCCUUCCAAGCCCAAGUCAGCUCCCAAACCUGCUACACCCAAGCCUAAAGCUCCAGCUCAAGUAUCCAAGUCAACAGCUCCAAAGAGAUCUACUAGGAACUUUCCAGCUGCAGAGAAAAACAAGGCCCCAGUGCCUAAGGUCCAAGAAGAUGAUAAGCCACUAGUGCUCAGGAAAUUGAAGCCCAAGAUCCCAGAUCAUAAUGAUGAUCAUCCAGUGGCUGAAAACAUGAAUUUGAGGAAGGAUAAUGGUCUGAGACUAUGGAGACAGACAGAUCCAUAUGCCACAAGGAGGAGGACUGAUCUGGACUAUCGUUUCCAUACCAAAGAACAACAAGAUUUCUAUGAGACUGUGCUACUUGACAAAAAGCCCACAGUUUGUGAUAUGAAAUGGGUUGAUUGGGAUUAUAUUGAUGAGAAUGAAGAUUAUUUUCCUCAUGUGCAUGAAAGCUUUAGGAUGAAUGAAGUUGAUAAGUUUGUUGGACAGAAACUGAUAAAGUGGAACGAUGAGAUGAUUAUGCAAUUCUAUUCCACUGCCCACUUCUACCCAGAUGGGAAGAUUGUCUGGAUGACUGAGGGAACCAGAUACCAGUGA